AUGUCAUCUAAUCUCGGACACUCGAUUCGUCUGAUGCUCUCAUCGAGUCUCCGUGGCGACGGUUCGAUCCAUAUUCGUUCAGCACCGAGCAAGGAAUCUACAUUGCUGCUUACCCAAGAUGAGGCCCAUUAUGCGGACGAUACCGAAGACGACAACGAUGAUGAGGACCAUUACGAGGACUAUGGCAAUUACGAGGACGAUGCUGAAGACCAGAGUCACUCUGACGAAGGUAACAUCGAGUUGAAGAACUACCUCGACGACUUCGCAGAUACUCUCAACAAGUCAAAGAAUGACUCCGAGAUUGCUGCAGCCUUCAACGAGAAACUGUCGCAGAUGGUCUACGGCUCAAACAUGAUCGAGGCGGUCGGCAGCAGCCUCGACAUCACAAGCGAGCUCUGCCGAGAUAUUUUUGCUGGAGGGAUAGACGUAGACGAUAUUGAGAUCAGCGAUCGUGAUCCAACUUAUCAAGCUAUCCGAGCAGAUCUCAGUGAGAAGAAGAAGCCCAAUGCACAUGGAGAUGUGCUCCGAACCCGACGUGAGGUUAUCCAGCACGCAAAGGCUGCGUACUUCAUUAUGAACGAAGUCGCUAUCGAGGGAAAGGACAUGUCGGAAGAAAUUAUCUUGGAAACGCAUCGCCUUCUGACAUACAAGAUUGACAGUCCGGAUGGUAUCCCCUCGAGUCAGUACGGAGGCAUUUAUCGAAAUUGCCCGGUUCAGCGAGGCUUCCACUAUUUCCCUCAUCAUGCUACAGUCCCAAAAGCCGUUCGAGAUCUGACAGCUUCUCUCAAGGCUGAUAUCGCAGCAGCAGAGGAGAGCGGAGAGAUUGACCCUGUGGCUCUAGCAGCCAAAUACUGCCAUAAAUUCGUCAACAUCCACCCGUUUCUUGACGGUAACAGCCGUACAAGCCGUCUUAUCCUGAAUACCAUUCUCCUCAAGUAUGGGGGCUGCUUCGUUUGGUUCGGCAAGGAUGCAAUAGAGCGCGAUGAAUACAUGAAUAUCUCGGCAGAGGGUUUCGCUGCUGAGGCGAUGGAUAUGCAGGAGGAUGUGGAUGAUCUACCGGAGGGCUUCAAGCCCAAGCAUCACAAGAAACUCGCCACGUUCACUCUGAAGCAUGUGUAUAAGUACUUUAGCAUAUUCAAUUGA